GGAGCGGGUCCCCUCACCUCCGAGCUCACCAAUUGGUCUCUUUUGACAGCCGGCGGGAGCGCUCCAGCUGCGCAGAUCCGAGCGGUGUCAUCCGCUUAGCGCCCUCGCGCCACCCAGCGCCCCCGCCCCGCGCCCCUCCCGCCGCCGCCGCCCCCACUCUCGGCUCUGCACUCCGCGCUGCCCGGGGCAUGCUCCGCGCUCCUGCGCCCGGCCCGGCUGCGGCGAACGACUCUGUCCGCCCGCGGAGACAUGAGGCGCAGCCCGGGGGCCGCCCUGGCCCUGGGGCUGCUGCGCCUCUGCCUGGCCCAGGCCAAUUUUGCCCCGCACUUCUUCGACAACGGGGUGGGCAGCACCAACGGAAACAUGGCCUUGUUCAGCCUUCCGGAGGACACCCCUGUAGGUUCUCAUGUUUAUACUCUAAAUGGGACAGAUCCCGAGGGAGACCCUGUCUCCUACCACAUCAGCUUUGACCCCAGUGCUAGAAGUGUCUUUUCUGUUGAUCCCAAUUUUGGAAACAUCACCUUGGUUGAAGAGCUGGACAGAGAGAGGGAGGAUGAGAUUGAAGCCAUCAUCAGCAUUUCCGAUGGCGUGAAUCUGGUGAAAGAAAAAGUCACGAUCCUGGUGACCGAUGCCAAUGAUGAGGCCCCCAGUUUCAUCCAGGAGCCCUACGUUGUCCAGGUUCCUGAGGACUUACCUACUGGGAGCAGUAUCAUGAAGGUGCAUGCGGUGGACAAGGACACAGGCUCUGGAGGGAGUGUCACCUACUUCUUGCAGAAUGUGCACGCCACCAAAUUCGCCCUGGACCACCACAGCGGCGUGCUGCGCCUCCGGGCUGGGGCCACCCUGGACUACGAGAAGGCCCGGGCCCAUUUUGUCACCGUGGUUGCCAAGGAUGGCGGAGGGAAGCUGCGAGGGGCCAACGUGGUAUUCUCCACCACCACUACAGUCACAGUCAAUGUGGAGGACGUGCAGGACAUGCCCCCUGUCUUCGUGGGCACACCCUACUACGGCUAUGUGUAUGAGGACACCCUUCCGGGCUCAGAGGUACUGAUGGUGGUUGCCAUGGAUGGAGAUCGAGGCAAACCCAACCAAAUUGUCUACAACCUCUUGAAUGGGAGUGAUGGAGCCUUUGAAAUUAAUGAGACGUCUGGAGUCAUCUCAGUCAUGCAGAGCCCUGCCCAGCUCAGGAGAGAGGUGUAUGAGCUGCACGUACAGGUGACUGAGGUCAGCUCUGCCGGGAUCCCAGCCGCCCAGGCCAUGGUCCCAGUCACCAUCAGGAUCGUGGACCUCAACAACCAUCCGCCUACGUUCUAUGGUGAGAGUGGACCCCAGAACAAAUUUGAGCUGUCCAUGUACGAGCACCCCCCUCAGGGGGAGAUCCUGCGGGGCCUCAAGAUCACUGUCAACGACUCAGACCAGGGAGCCAAUGCCAAAUUCAACCUGCGGCUGGUGGGACCUGGGGGCAUCUUCCGAGUGGUCCCACUGACAGUCCUGAAUGAAGCCCAAGUCACCAUCAUUGUGGAGAACUCAGCCGCCAUUGACUUUGAAAAGUUCAAAGUGCUAACCUUUAAGCUACUGGCCAUUGAAGUGAACACUCCAGAGAAGUUCAGCUCCACAGCAGAUGUUGUGAUCCAGCUCCUGGACACCAAUGACAAUGUCCCCAAGUUCACCUCCCACUACUACAUUGCCAGAAUCCCUGAGAAUUCUCCAGGAGGCUCCAACGUGGUGGCUGUCACAGCUGUAGAUCCAGACACAGGUCCGUGGGGCGAAGUCAAAUACUCCAUCUAUGGGUCCGGGGCAGACCCCUUCCUGAUCCACCCGUCCACUGGGAUCAUCUACACCCAGCCCUGGGCCAGCCUGGAUGCUGAGGCCACAGCCAGGUACAACUUCUAUGUGAAGGCAGAGGACAUGGAGGGCAAAUACAGCCUGGCCGAGGUCUUUGUCACUCUCCUGGAUGUCAAUGAUCACUACCCGCAGUUUGGAAAGAGUGUCCAGGAGAAGACAAUGGUGCUGGGGACCCCGGUGAAAAUUGAGGCCACGGACCAGGACGCAGAAGAGCCCAACAAUCUGGUGGACUAUUCCAUCACACACGUCGAGCCAGCCAAUGUGUUCGACAUCGAUGUGCACACGGGGGAGAUCCGGCUCAAGAGCUCCAUCCGCUCCCUCGAUGCCCUGCACAACAUUACACCUGGCGGGGACUUCACAUGGUCCCUAGAGGUGCAGGCCAAGGACCGUGGCUCCCCAUCCUUCAGCACCACAGCCUUACUCAAGAUUGACAUCACAGACACCGAGAUGCUGUCCCGAAGCCCCAUGGCCGCCUUCCUGAUGCAGACCAAAGACAACCCCAUGAAGGCUGUGGGUGUCCUGGCUGGCAUCAUGGCCAUCAUCGUGGCCGUAACCGUCCUCAUCUCCACUGCCACCUUCUGGCGCAAUAAGAAGUCCAACAAGGUCCUUCCUGUGCGGCGCGUGCUCCGUAAGCGGCCCAGCCCUGCGCCCCGGGCUAUGCGCAUCGAAUGGCUCAAGUUCAAAAGGACCAAGGCUGCUGCCAAGUUUGUGCUCAAAGAGGAUCCUUCCAAUGAGAACUGCAACAACAACAGCCUAGGAAGCACACUGCCCCCCAAAGCCCCAGCUCCCCCUCCACCACCCACAAUGGCGUCCAAGAUGGGUGUGGCCCCCUGGACUGUGCCUACAGUCUCUGGCUCACUCACCCCUCAGCAACCCCAAUGGUCACCAAAACCCAAGGUGGGAAGCCCUGUCCAAUCAGCUCUGGUCUCCGAGCUCAGGCAGAAGUUUGAGAAGAAGAAUGUAGGUAAUAAGGCUUACUUCUAGCAUGUGUCCUGUGGACCUUCAUUUCCCCAGCCCAGUUGUGCUACACUUGGACCAUGCUCCCUGCCAUCCGCACCUUAGGGUCACCUCUGUUUUGGACCAUGAUGUAAGCCCCAUAUCCAUGGCUCUGGAUAUGCCUUGGAUGAGGGAUUUCUCUGUUUAUGGGAUGCAACUGGCAAAUACUUCCUCAUCACCCAGAUUGUUGGCACAGCUCUGAUGCUCCCCAUUCCACAGAGGCUGGGAAUCCACAAAGAGCCAGCUCUGGGUGUCUUCUGCUCACCAACCUCUGACCUCACAGAGUCCCUCAAGUCCUCCUGGACCCUCAGCAUCUUCAGUUGAGGACCAGGGCCCUGGCUACAUGUAGCAAGGCCAAGGGGGACCUGGAUCCUGAAGCCUCCAGCUAAGAGCAGGAGCAGGAAAAGGAGUCAGCCCUGGCUAAGGUUGUGGUCAGUGACCCCUGCAGGCUGUAGGAGAGUGAGUGCAUCAGGGCAGGGCCACGAUGCACUGAAAACUCACACCGACUAUGGGGCUUAUCCUCAGAGCUAUUGGAAAGAUGGGGGUUGGUGUCUGGGCAGAGUCUGUGGGCCCCUGCUGUACCGACACAGGACCAGAGGACAGAGGUGUGAGAUGACCCCAGCCAGGGCUGUUCCAGAUGGGCCCAGAAAUGUCCAAGCUGGAGCCCUGCAGUGGUCCUAGAGACACCCAGAAGAGCCUCGAGCCCCUCCCUAAGGCGCUGCUCCAUCACGAGUCCUGAAAGAGACAGGGCAGGGCUGAAUUUUAGAGAGAUCUGUUUUUAUCCUUCUCACAUCGUGUAAUCUUGGGAGUGCCGUUUAAAUUCCCUGAACAUUCACUUCCUCAUCUGUAAAAUGAAGUAAAUCAGUCCUCACUACCUCACGAGCAGGGCCAAGGUGAAGAUUGAAGAAAAUGUGAUAACAAGGGCUUUAGCCAAGUGCAAAGCACCACAAAUGCAGAGUAUUUUUCUGCAGGCGAAUUCUCUGGGGUAAACUCUUCCAGAAAGUAUUAGGAGCCUUUCAAGCUGUUCUGCCAAGCACCGCCAGGAAGGCCUGUGCUGGGUUUGAGUGCAGCCCCUGAUCCAUGGUGGCCAGAGCUGGAUGAUGUCACUGGCCUUGACUGAGGCUCCCCCAGUUCCAUUCUCCCCCACCACAUCCCCCAUGCUGCCCUGCCCUGGCCAGCCACCGUCAGAAAGGACCAAAUCCAAGCAGCACAUGAAGCCCAAGCCUCCGUUUUGCCAAGAAGACAAAUGGGUUUCCAAGGGAGGAGUGAUUGCUAGAGGCCACACAGCAGGUUGGUAGCAGAGACCUGGUUGGAGGGUCCUGGGUUCUCGAUGUUUUCCCCUGACUGAGCACACCUCGUCAGUUUGUGACAACCUACCGCAGGAGAGAAGACACACAGGCCUCUAUGCUUAGUGCGAGGAAGUUCUGCCCAACUUCAAGGAACCCUGCUUUAUGAGGAGUCUGGCCAUGUGCAGGGAGAGGGAAGUAGAAUGGUUCUUUGCAUCUUACCCCCCUCACUAAUAACUGCUCUGGAGUAUCGUCGGUGAUUUUAUUUAAACCGAUUAUAUGCACAUGCACUUUUCUCGAUCUCUAAGUGUGUGUUUCAAGGUGUUACUCAGAUAUGCCGAUGUGUAAGGUCCUGGCUGGGGUUUCUGCAGUUCCCACCCCAGAGUGUAUUAAGAAGUGAAAUCUAACAAGCUGGGAUCCCAGACUGAACAAAGAGGCAUUUUGCAGCGUGUAUUUCAGGAGGGGACUGCGCUGGACCAAGUUUGUCCCGCACGGGAAAUGCGACAUCCUUCCAAUUUGCAUGCAAUCAACCUCUUUUGUAAAUGGUCAAUAAAAUCUGUUAAGC